UCCAUGCAGGCACUUUGUGUGCUUUAUGAUUGUGUUACCUCAAGUUAGUCUUUCUGGGAUUAGGAUAACAAUUUUCACAAGAUUUUAAAGCAAGAUUAUCAAGCCUGUCUACUCGAAGUCUUUCAUAAAGUGCUUAUUAAGACCUGGCAAUAACCUCCAGUUUUAUAUAGGCUCUGAAGAUAAUAAUCUUUGCCAAAAGAAAUCAGAGCAGCCAAACCUACUGGAAGUCAGAGUACAUAAUGCAGCGGUUCUGCUGGCACGUGGUAGCGAAGAUGAGCUUGGGCUUUCUGUGUCUCUUUCUGGUUUUCAACACAGCUUCAUGCAUAAGGAAAGAAAAUAAGAAAGAGAAGCAAGUGGCAGUGCUGGCUACUGCAGAGCUGCCUGCAAAGUCUGUGGAUCUGGCUGCUAUUAACCUGACAGAGCUGGUGAACAGUAUGCUGAACACAGCGCUCAGAGGUACCAAAAAACCCUUCUCUUUGCUGAGUGUCACAUCUUAUAGCUCAUUUGCCUUCCACAAAGUGUCAGUCACCAUUUAUAACAUUUCUAACGUGAAAAAUGUUGACCCUGGCAAGUUCCCUAUGCAUUACUGCUACUGUUUGAACAACAUGACAAAUGACUUGACAGAUUUUACAGCUUUACUUGUUGAUAUUGUUGGAAACUCCACCAGUUAUCUCACAGAGAUUUUCAAAUCCACUUCUAUUCUCUCAGUACCUCAGAGCAAUGAUUCAGAUUGUAUCUACAUCUGUGUGAUGACAGGGCAGACAGGGAGAAAUUUGUCUGACUUUUGGAAAAUGCUGGAGAAGUCUCCUGUUAUUAAUUACACGUUUUCCAGUAACACAUCUUCUGACCUGGACCUAGAUUCCAUUUUUUCAAGUUUCAUGAAAUUACAGGAAGACCCAAACAAAACAGUGGAUCCAUCAACAGAACAUGCAUGGACAUUUAAAACUACCGCGAUCCCUCUUGCCCAGAAAGGGGAUGAAAUCCCCACCACAAGGUUCCCACCAUGGCCAAAGACGGUUGGAGCUAAAGGAUCAGGGUUUCCAUCACCACAUGUGGAUGCUUCCAGACCACGAGGCACAGCCAGGCCCCCUCCGACUGCUGCAGGGAGCUUGGCCCCAUUGCCAGCCCUGCAGCUCAGCCCCACUGACAUGUACGCAUUUUGGAUGCAGACAGUGUCUCCUCAAGAAACCAGUAAACUGAUGCAAACAGAGCCAGAUUUGCCUUCCUCAGUACUGUCUACACCACCCUACAGACCUGGGGUGACACUGAAACUUUACUCAGCUACCAGGUGUCCACAGGCAACCCUCAAAGAGUCCCGUGUGACCUCGCCUCCUGUCACUCUUGUAGUGCAAAAGAUCAAUCCCUGUGUGAUGGAGCUCUGUAGGUUUUUUCAGCUGUGUCUCUGUGUUGGUCAGAGAAGAUAUUCCAGAAAGGAAGCCAUGAGGUACUGUGUGGAAUACUAUUCCUGGUUCUUGAAAAAUGCAAGUUAUGUCUGUGAAAGAGUCAAAAGAGUUGCUUACUCCCACACAUUAAAACAAAAAUGCCUAAAAAACAUCUGUAUGUUGGUCUAGAACGCUGAGGUAUUUUACUGCAAAUUGGAAGACUGGUGGUGGUUUUAGUUGUCUCUUUCAUUUCCCAGUGUAAAAAUCAGGAUGCAACCUGUUAUUUGCAAAUAUUUGUAACAAGACAUGCUAUUAACUGCAUGUUAAGCUAGAAAUGUGUCUUCCUCCAAGGCAUUGUAAAAAUAAUGUGUAAAAACAGAUGUAUUUUAUACAAGUGAUGUAACCGCAAUAAAAGCAUUGAAAGGCUUUUAAAAAUUGUGUUUCAUAAAGGAUAUUUAUAUGGUUAGCUGGUGGAUGCAAAUAGUUUAUUCUACUUUUAUUUACAACUAAAAUAAAUUAAUCAAAAGUAACAGAUACAAAAUAAUUGGAAAAAAACCCCUGAAAUACUGAAGACAACAAGGAUUUUUCCUACUGUUAAACAUAUGCAGAUUGUCCAUUAUUCCAAAUCAAGAGUCUCCCAUUACUUCAGCAACU